GACAGAACUGAGGGAAGUAAAGCCCAGAAGGGAGGAUGAGGAGGAUUAGAGCAGAUUACUGAGCAGUUUAUAACAGCAGACAAGAGGAAGAAGCACAAACACCAGUUAGGAGAUAAAUCCUCACCAACUGGGUAAACUGGUCCAAACUGAUGCAGUGAACUGGGACCAGUCUCUCAAACAGACUGUAGGAGGACGGUUGAACCGCUGUGAGCUGGUCUGGGGUCAGCAGGUGGUGUGAAUGGACGGGUUCCAGGCAUACGGGGCGGGGAAGGCCGGCGGCGCCUUCGAUUCCCUGACCUUCAUCAGGCAGCCUCAGACCGUCAUCAGGAUCCUCUGCUGGCUUUUCUCCAUUGUGAUCCUGGGAUGUGUCGCCAAUGAAGGUUACGUCAACCGACCCGAUGAGGUGGAGGAAUACUGCAUCUUCAACCGCAACCAGAACGCCUGUAACUACGCCAUUGCCAUGGGAACUCUGGGUUUCCUCUGCAGCGCCGGUUUCCUGGCGCUGGACGUUUAUUUCCCUCAGAUAAGUGGGGUGAAGGACAGGAAGAAGGCCGUCAUGCUGGACAUCGGGGUGUCAGCUUUCUGGUCUCUCAUCUGGUUUGUGGGUUUCUGCUUCCUGGCCAACCAGUGGCAGUUUUCCAAUCCUGAAGACAACCCUUUGAAUGAAGGCGCCGACGCCGCCAGGGCGACCAUCAUCUUCUGCUUCUUCUCUAUCUUCUCCUGGGCGCUCCAGUCUCUGCUGGCCGUCCUCCGGUUCAAACAGGGAGCAGAUACCGUCAUCUUCAACCAGGACUAUGUUGAUCCAGAGCUACAGGAGCCGGUGGAGGCUCCGCCCACAUACGAGUAAAGCCCCGCCCACAUCCCGAUGUAGAGGCGGGGCUUAAAUUUUGGAGGGAAUUAAUGUGAAAGUCAGGAAAUGUAGUCCUGGUGCGAUUAGGAAUGGGACAUAAACUGUUUAGUUUGAUGAUGCCACUCAGCUUAAAGGUGUGGCUUCUGUCUCCACAGCCAAUCAAAACCCAGAACAGUAAAAGUUCUGGUCUUUCAGUUUGUUCUUAUAAAAGUGGAAAUCUGCAGGUAUUUUACACCACAUGUGGCCGUGUGAGAUCAAUAAACAGUGGACAUUACUGACCUCUUAGGUGGAAAAUGUUAGUUUUCUUUUAGAAAUUUAUGGUUUUGUUUUGCUUUGAAGAACCUUGAAAGAAUAAUGUGUUGAAAUGUUUGGAGCAUUUUCUUUGUGCAACUGAAUUGCUGUGAGGCACAGCGCCUCCUGCUGGUCAGUGACUUCUUUGUAUUUAUGGUGCUGAAUUCUGUUAUAAUAAACUGCUAUUAAUUUAUGAGCUGUGUGUUUCAGCUUUUCAAGA